CACUUAUGGUGCUAUGAUGGCUCUUCUCUCGACCAUAGAAGAACAUGUCACGCGCUGUGUGAGCUGUGUGAGCUGUGUACGAUAGCGUACGCUAGUUAUAACCUUGAUCGCUGAUUUUCAUAUGUUUUCGUUGAUGAGUUUUCAACCCUACAGCAAGAAUGUUACAGAUGAAAAAUCGCUUGAAAUAUUGCUCUGUCGCAGUGGCUGCGAACAGACUGGUUUCAGGACCGCUGAAGAACCCGGUUGUCUUUCUGGAGAUUGCAGCUGACGGCGAGUUCAUCGGAAGAAUCAUUGUUGAGCUUUAUGCUGACGUCGUACCCAAAACAGCGGCAAAUUUCCGGGCCCUUUGUACCGGAGAGCAUGGCUUUGGAUAUAAAGGCUCAGCAUUCUACAGGAUCAUCCCUCAGUUCAUGUGUCAGGGUGGAGAUUUCACUCAUCAUAAUGGCACUGGUGGAAAAUCUAUUUAUGGAAAGAAAUUCAAUGAUGAGAAUUUCAAGCUGAAACACAAUGGGCCAGGUGUUCUGUCUAUGGCAAACUCUGGGCCAAACACAAAUGGAUCCCAGUUUUUCAUCUGCACUGCAAAAACAGAAUGGCUUGAUGGCAAACACGUUGUUUUUGGGCAGGUCAAAGAGGGAAUGCAGACGGUCUCAUUAAUGGAGUCCUGUGGCCUACAUGGUGGAGGAACUGUAAAGAAGAUCAUCAUCACUGACUGUGGAGAACUCCAGUAACAAAGAAUGUGUAUUCAUUUCAAUGUGAUCAAACGUUCUCACAACAAAAAUGCUUAUUCAUGUAAAGUAAAUUAUAUAGUUUUUUUUUUUACAUUUAUGUUACCUAAGUACCUAUUGCCAUUUUAAUGUGUCUGUCUGUGGAUCCAUUAAGGUGUUUUAUGCUUACUAGGUAAGCAAAUGAUUCAGUAUUUAUGGUGAUUACUUACCCCUACACAACAAAUCUUGCUUAUUGGUCAAAUGCCAUGGGCCAUAAGGAAAUUUAUACUGUUAAAAGACUUCUUUUUUUUUUUUUUUUUUUUUAAUUAGAAUAAAAGCUAAACAGAGAUUGUUUACUUUCUAAGAACCAUGCCAAAGAAACCCCAGGAGGUUUUUUUUUU